AUGUCCAACAUCCAUAACAUUUCUUCGGCUUCGCUGAACGAACUCCUGUACGCCUAUGCAGACGUGUUUGAUGCUGUCGACAGCCUACAAGAAGCCGGUAUGAAACGAGAGCUUGUCCCUAAGCUCGUCGUGACUGGUGAUCAAAGCAGUGGCAAAAGCUCUGUACUGGAGGCUAUCUGUCGGGUUCCUUUCCCGGUUGACCAGGACCUUUGCACCAGGUUCCCUAUUGAACUGAUACAGCGCAAGACCGACAAAGGCUCUAUCAUCGUCAACAUCAGCGCUGUGGAGCCGACGCCCACUCGCGAUGCUCUCAGCCAGUUCAAUAGGGAACUCAUACCAGGUGAUACGGUGGGAUUGGGAGCUGCAAUUCAAGAGGCAUCCAGUCUCAUUUUGGGAAACACACCCGGCUCUGCCAACUACCGCCGUUUUAGCAGAGAUGUUUUGAGGAUCAUCAUCUCGGGUCCUGAAAAGUAUCCCCUCACACUUGUGGACCUUCCCGGGUUUUUUCAAUCUAGCAACAUGAACCAGAACGAGAGAGACAAGGAAAUUGUUGACGAAAUAGUGGCGCCCUAUUUGAGAGAACCACGGAAUGGUAUACUUUUGAUUAUGCCAGCCCAUGUUUUAUGGAAUGUGCUUCGAGCUCCGUCCGAAGUAGCAUGCACUGCUGUUGAUCCUUCCGGGACCAGGACGCUUGGGAUCUUUACCGCACUUGACAAAUCGACCUACAAAGACCAGAUCAAAAAGCAUUUCUCAGGACAAGAGUCUUGGUACCCUCAGCAUGGUUGGCAUGGCCUCAAGAACCUGUCAACAGAGGAAAGAAGGCAAGGAGAAAACCGAGAUGAAGUUGAGGCGGCUUUUUUCGCCAAGAAGUGGCCAGAGAUCGACAGAUCCUGUAAGGGAAUCGAAAGUUUGCGUCCGAAACUCAGCGAGUUCUUGGCGAACCAAAUUAGAGAGCACCUUGGAGGGCUCAUCAACGAUGUGGAGACAGAGAUCAAAACUCUCGACGCGCAUCUUGAGAGGCUGGGCAGAAAGAAGACAACUGAGCAACAGCAACGAGAUUACCUGUCGAGAAUGGCCGGAGACUUUCGCCAGCUUUGUUACAGUGCGGUACAAGGGCACUACAGCGAAGACUUCUUCAACGACCCAAAGGACUCGACACAGGAAAGCCAAGAUAAACGAUUGCAAUCUGUUACUAGAGCCCUUGGGCAGCAGUUUAUCUCCACUAUGAUCGAGAAGGGAAAAAAGACACAGCUUGAGGCCCCUGAUUGCAACGGACAUACGAAUCUUCCCCAAAGUUUGCAAAGCGGACUGUUGUCACGUUUGCAAGCCACUUUCAAGGAAACUAUUCACAAUGCACUGGCUCAUGAUCAUAGUGGUGAAAGAGUCAGUGGCUCUACAUGGCAAAGACCCCGGGAGAGACGUGAUAGUUCUGGGUCGGCCAGUAAUAGGCGUGACAGACAUACAAAGAGACGUUCCCAAUCGGGCAAUGUCGCAGACGAAGAUGGCCCCAAUGACGUCGACUACGAGCACGACAACAGUGACGAAGACGGAUAUGAUCAUGACGGAGAAGACCAAUAUGGCGAUGAGGACGACCCAGAAGAGCUUCCCAGACAUGACACAGAUCCCGAAGACAGUAUCGAGAAAGACUCGCAAGACGAGGCAGCCAUCUCUGUUCCAUCCUUCCUACGUGCAGACAUUGUAAAAAUGUACGAGUCUUUCGCCCCACCAACCAAAAAAAGUUUUGAAGACUUCGAGACUCAGGUUCUAGCUAUGGCUGUUCAAUGGAGAGGAACGGAAAGCUUGGAUGAUGUCAAUCCCGCCAUGGUGUCAAGACUAUACCGUGAAGAGACAUCGCAUUGGGAAGCAAUUGCGAAUUGCCAUCUUCAGCUUGUGUGGGAUGCAGUGAUGCGUUUCGUUGACCUGGCUCUCGAACAUUGUGUAGAUUCGUCUCUCUUGAAAUUUCUCGAGCGCUCCGUCAUCAACAAUCGCCUUGAAAUGCUUCGCCUCAGUGCCCAGGCAAAACUCCAGGAACUUGUUAAGUGUCACCAAGGAACGAAUCCAGGAUUCCAUGACUUUCUCCGAGAGUUCCAAGACGAAUCAUUGGAGUUCAGCAACAGAAUCAAGCUAGAUAGUGUUGACGGGAGGAAAGCCAUACUUCAGCGGAUCGAUUCCACAUUGUCGGCAAAGACGUUUGAAAAGAUCCUGGAAUGGUCUUGUCAGUCAGUAGGAGGUGUCAUUCCAUCCAAGGGUAUAGUUGCCAGUGCUGUACUGAGCCAGAUAAAAGAAAUAAUUGCUGGCCAAGUUCCGACAAACGACGCGCAACAUAGCUCAGCAGGUAGGUACCACCAGGACACCGAACGGGGCGCAGUGCGUCGGAGUAUCAUGAUGAUUGAGAAGUACUACAAGUUGUCCUUGGUCUCUUUUAUCGCCUAUGUUAAUGCACUGGUCAUCCACAAUGGCCUUCUGGAAAAGGUUCCGCAUGAGAUCUUCACUCAUACUAUUGUCUCCGAGCAAAGUGCGAAGACCAUCUCUUACAUCGCGGGUGAGAAAGAAAAGGAUACGAAGAAGCGUUUAGACUGCGAGAGAAAAUUGGGAAUUUUGCAGAAGGCUUUGGUUGCCCUCGAGAACUUUCGCAACAAUGAUUGA